AUAUCUUGUCUUUAAACCAGUGGGAAAAAAUAAUUAAAUCCCAUCAGCUGUCAUCAUGAAAAUAGUAAAUGUAAUAAUUCAAUGACUAAACUGACUGGAUUCAAGUGGCUGUUCUGAUGCUGGGAUCAUGGAACAGAGAGAAAGUGGAGUUGAAAAAGGUGCAGGUUCAACAGGCUUGAACACACAUCAUGAGCCAGCACAUUCUAAAAAAAAUAAGGUUGAAAAUAUUUCUAGUGAACUCCAAGCAGGAACUAAUUGCUCCAUUUCACACCAGUCAGUUUUCUUAAAUGCUUCUCAAUUAAAGUCAUCAAAAGCAACCUUAUUUCAGUUUAGUCCAUUACUUGAUGAAGAACUUGAAUUCAUUUGUAAAAAGCAACAGGACAUUUCCAUUACAUUGGAAGAUGCAAAUGAAACAGUUAACUUGGAUAGUGGUACAGAUUUUUUCCUUUUCAGAGACAGUGAAAAUGAUGAGUAUAAAUGCAGUGACCUUGAUGAUGAUUCACAGCUAGAAUAUCACAGUGCUGAAGAACAAGAUUAUGUUAGUUGUAACUCAUUUAAGCAAGAAACAGAGACUUCAGAAACAUUUCAGAACACAGAACUGGCAAAUGAAGACAGACUUGUAGAUGGCCAACACUCUUCUAAUGAACUGGAAGCUGAGUUUUCUACUUCUGGCUAUAGUAUUGUUGGUGAGGGUGACAAUUAUAGCAAAAUUGCAGAAUUUCCCCAGGUGUUUCAAGAUUGCAAAUGCCAGUGUUUGAAUUAUGAUCAAGAAAAGGAUGAGGCCAGCAGUAUGUUUUAUAGUAUUGUUAAUGAGGAUUCAUUUAGCACUGGUAAAGAAAGAAAUACUUCUAUACCAUUUUCAGUGAGCAAGACCAAGAUUGAUGAAAAAAUGGAAGUAAAUUCUUCUACAAAUAUAGCACUGAAAUCUCUAAUGGCUACAAAUAAAAGUUUUUGCAAAAGAAAUGAUUACAAUGCUACAGGUGUUUUUCAGAAAACUGGAAAUCCACAUGCACUACAUCAGGAGCAAACACCAUUACAUAGCCAUCUUUCUUGUGGUGAUUCAGAAGUUUCAGAUUCCUAUGUCCACAAUCAGUCAAUUAUAGUUAAUGCUAAUAAAACCUGUGUUUACAAAUCCUAUAGUCACCAUGGAAGAUGCCAAGAUGCAAAACUAAAGUACAUUCCAUGCUUGAAUAAUACAGCCAGUAAAAAUCAAAGUACAGUCAACCAAGCUGUUGAUGCUACUUCUGAUUUUAGAGCUUGUUUUACAACAAGUAGAGCAACUAAUGUCAAGGCUUCAGUGGUGUCCAGGGCACAAAAUACAGUGAUAACAAUGAUGAGCAAACGCAGACCCAAGGAGUGGCUGAUGGAUUCCCACAAAAGUGUUGCCUGCAAUACGGAUUGGUCAUGCUUACCUGGCAAUGUGGAGAUGACUAAUUCAGAAACAGUAACGGUUGAUACAUUGGAAAACUGUAUUGCUAAUAAUACUGCAAAAUGUGGUUGGACUUCAGACUUUGAGGGUCCUUUGGAAUGGAAAAAUAGCACUAGCAGAGAAGUAAAUGAAAUCCCUAACAGGAUGAUGCAGCUGUCAAAAGAAAUAACUGAUCAUCUGCCGAACUGCUGUAAGGGAAUUCUGCAGAGAGCAAUAAAAGCUGAAAUGCAGCUUUUAAAGUUUCAUUAUCAAAUGUAUCAUCAGUGCUGCUCACAGACUUCUAAGACUCUUAUGGAAGAAAAGGAGCAUUUAAAGAGUUCUGUUAUUGCAACAGGAACAUCUGUGUCACAAGUGUCCCAGCCACAGAACAUGAAAGCUUCACUUCCUUUAGUUACACAUCAAAUGAGUGAAAAUUCUGACUUUCAGCUGUGGCCUUCAAACAAGAACUCUGAGGAGAAGAAAAAAGAUCUUGUGGAAAACAGUUCUUCAGAUACUCAGGAAAGCCGUGAAGACUGGUUUGAUGCUACAGAGAACCUCACAGUGACUGAUUCUUCGUUGUCACAUAAAUUGCAGUCAUUGUUAAUUGGUACUGCUGAAACACAAACUACAAAAGAUAGGAAAAAGGAGUCAAAGAAGAUCUAUUGUGUACAUGUUGGUGGUUUAAGUCCUUUAGUAUCAGAAAGUGACCUGUGGCUUCAUUUUGAGAAAUAUAAUGUUUCUCAAAUUUUGAUCCGUGAGUACUCUGACAGUUACAGAUAUGCAUCCCUUACUUUUAAAGCAGCUUCUGAUGCAAAAAUUGCAGUGAAAGAAAUGAAUGAGAAAGAAAUAAAAGGAAAAGCAGUGAAAGUUAGACUUGUAAAGACUGUAAGAGAAAAUGGAGACCUUGAUCAUCACAGUUUGGUAAAACAAGAACAUGAAACCCAAAGACAAAAUAAUAUUGAAUAUAGAAAGAAUUGUGAUUUAACUUUGGAAGUGCCUGCUUCUGUCUCAGCUGCUUCAAAGAUUCCUGCUGGUAGUCCUAUCUUUUCCAAAGGGUCGGAUGUCUCCACAAUAUCCUUAAAGUCGUCAUUGCUUAAUGGUCCCAGAUCCCAAUGUGCUUCAGCCCCUUCUGAAGUAGUCAGUCAUGAUUCCAGAUCUUCAUCAAGAAAUAUAUGCUUUGAAAUAGAACAGGAGAUUGUUUCGGAGGGGCUGUUGCCAUUGGGCUCAGUACAGUUUAUUCCAAAUCCAUCUGCUACCUUUAUACCUCCAAAUGCAUUAAAUUUGAGAAGUUUCCGGAAAGUAGUGAAGAAUUUGGAAGAGUUACAUCCAGAGAUUAGUAGAGACAAUAUUCUGGAUGCUUUGGUAGAAACCAAAGAAAAUAAGGGUUUGUUUAGUGGACUACCCCUUAGUACUAUUGUAGAAAUGACAUCAUCACUUCUGAAGAAGAAAUUUGCAUUGAAAUCUGAGGGGAAAAAUAGAAUAGAGAAGCAAGCAGCCCAUCACCUCAUUGUGGUCACUGCAUGCCAUGAAACCACCUAUGGGCAACUCAUCCAGGAUUUUUGUCUCAGCAAGUUCAAAUCCGACAUGGAAACUCUCAGGAAGACGCUGUGGUGUGACUGGGAUAAGACUUUGGGGUGGUAUGGAGAGCUGACCAACUGUACCAUCCUGAUAGCUACGAAACUGAAUUGUUUUUGGCCAAACCGGCUUGUGGAUGAGUUCUUCAUAGCAAUUCACAAGCACUACUUCAAGAGCUGCCCUGUCUCAGGGAGGUCUUUGAGAGACCCUCCCAACACUGUUUUAUGCCCAUUCAUUGUGGUGCCCAUUUUCGUCACUCUGCUUGUGGCUGUUCUUGUGGUGUGGCGGAGCAAACACAGUGAAAGUGUUGUCUAAACUUCGUCAGCGCCCGGAGGCAGAAGGUAAGGCUUGCUUCAGUCAAAGAGAUACCCCAAAGUCUUCAGCCUCCAAAAUCAAGGAACAGGCACACUGGACACCAAGCAAGCAUAACAGUUUUGUGGCUCAUUCUGUGGCGCUGUGGAUGCCAAAAGAGUAUUUCUGGACAGUCUGUAAUAGAAGAAAACACCCCGCUAUCCCGAGAAAAAGGCUGUAACUGUUCACAUUCUCCACGAUGAAGAUUUUGCUAAGGCCAAGAAAAUGCACUGAAGACUAAAUGACUUUCUCAGCCUCCAAAGCCCUUUCACAAGUCCAGGAUUUAGUCAUGUUAGAGGCUUUUCUCUGCCAUUCUCUCUUUUCUUUGGAUCCUUCCCAUUUAUUUUUCUUUUGGGUUAUCCCUGGUUGCUUUUUUAUCUUCAGCUUUUCUUUGGCCUUUACUUACCUGUACCACUUCCUGUAAGACUGUGGGCUGUUUUUUGGUCAGGAAUUUGGAAAGGGUUGUGGGGCUGGGGGAGCCUUGCUGCAUGCAGACACAGGCAACUGUGUGUCUUAAGGAGCCUGUCUACUCACAUAAGCCCUGAAGCUUUUUUUGAGUACUUAUAAAAGGCUCACACCUCCAUCUCUGCAAGCUGAUACGUGCACAAAAUCAAAACAAAAUGUGUUUUCUACAGUUGGGAAUAUGUAUUUUCAGCAUUAUUUGGUAAGAAGUGAGGAAAGGACUUGGGUUUGAGAGAAUAGCAGAACAAUGGCCAGGGUGAGAUAUUUGCAGGAUAUUUGCGUAAAUAAGAAUAGGGAGUUGGAUCUGGACUUAUGUAGAAUAAACCCACGGAGAUCAAAGGGUCUUAAGUGAGCCGUGACUACAAGUCCCAUUGAUUUCAGUAAUCUAACCCCAGGUGCAGCCCUUGACAGCUAACCAAGCAGUUCCUUCAGCUUCCGCAAGGGGCAGGUGACAGCCUGAGCUGCAAGCCUGUGCCAGAAUGCGUGUGGAAGAGAAAUUGCUGCAGCAGCAGCAGUCGGGAUGGGUGUCUGAGCAGCGGCUGUGGGGCUCAGGACAGCAUGGGCACUUGUGCUUUGCCGGGGAGGGGAGAGUCGCUCAUGGGGGGCAGCAGCGGCAGCAUAAGAGCUGCUGCAGAAGGCCUGCGCAUGCAGCAGAGGGAGGGCAGGUGGUGGGCCGGCUGCCCCUCCCCGGCGUGCUGCCCCAGACACUGGGUUGGCAAAUAGCUUGGCCACAGGGAGGGCAGCGGAGCCACAUGCCAGCCUUCCAGACCUUGGGAAGCAAAGCGGACCCAUCUGAAGGCCGGAUACACAGAGAUGUGUCAAGCAAGGACCCUUCACAUACGGCCCAGCCCUGCGGAAGCGCACUCAAGAGUAAGUCCCUUGCAGUCAGAGGUGGUCCCUCCCAAGGGAAUGUCCCUGGGGUUGGAGCCUGAGACUUGGAUACACUUGUGCACCUAAGAAGCCCUUGUCCGGCUGAGCAUGCAAGGCUCAGAGGACAUGCCUAUGUCUAGGAACUCCUGGAGUGCAGCAGGAGGAGAGGUGGAACAGCCCUCACCCCCCCCCCCACCUGGGCACAAGACAAUUCCCCCUCCUCAGCCCUCCAUGGGUGUGGAAAGUCCUGCCUCUGAGGAGUGCCAGUGCUCAGUGCUCGUACCUGGCUUGCCUCAUGCUCAAGCUCAAACGUGAGCUCUGCACAUAGAAAGCGAGCAAGCCUUGUGCAAGACGGGAAAAAGCAGGCAGGCAAAGUGGAAUCUUCCCACUUCCGUUUAAAGCAGAAAAGGGGACACUAAUAGUAAAUUAACCAGUGUUUUUCUGGGUUUCCCUCUUAGUCACCCAUAAGGGGUAUGUUGAAGCUUGCUGGUAGUUUUCUUUGCUCAUUCUGAAACAGAAGGGCCCCCUCUGUAGACAGACAUCAACUUUUCCGCCCUACCUUCUGAAUGGGGAAGAGUUAACCUUUCACUUCCUAGUAGCUGCUGAACAGAGGAGAACCUCACUAGGGGAAGUAGCAGAAGAUGCAUUGCUCUGAGCCCAUUUGCACUUGCAGGAAUGCGCUGGAAGGUGGCGUGCAUGCCUUUCCACAGGCUCUCUGGGUCUCCCGAAGAGAACAUGCUUAUCCUUCUGUGUUCUUCGCUGAGCUUUUACUAAAUGAGUUGCCCACGAAGUUUCAGCAGGGUAUGCAAGAGGAGUGAGUCCUCAGUCUGUGGCUGUGCUGUGCUGUGCCUCUCAUUCCCCUCCUUGAGGGAUUUGGCACAGCUUGUGUGAAACGCAUCAUAGCGGUGACGCUAGGCAAAUUUCAGGGUUAUGCUGCUUGAAUACCAGUGCAAGGCUUGCUGAGUGGGGGUUGCUGCAUUUUUUCUACCUAAAAAGACAGAAGAUUACACCCCAAGAUAUUUUCACAGCGAAGCGUGGUGGUGUUACAAGAAUGGCCAUCUCAGCAUCUUGCCCUGUGGUAUUGGAUUGAACAACCUGCCUCUUGUUAAACCGUCCCGAGACUUUGGUAAUGGGGCGGCCUACAAAAGUUUUAAAUAAAUAAAUAAUACAUACAAAACAGGGAAUUUGGGAAGAAAAGUUACUGCAUACAAAUAGUGUACUAUUUUAAAUUAUAAUUAAUAAAUGUGGAUGUAAUGCAAAAUGUAAAAGAUUUAUUAAAAUGAAAAUAAAUUUAAAAAUUAAUUAAAAUUU